CUAAAAGAAGAGAAUGCCAGUUUGAGAAGCAAGAUCAAUAAGCUUCAGAUUUUCUCUGAAACUCAAGCAGACAAGAUGAGGAAGCUUGAAAAAAAGCUUGAGGAAAACAAAAUCAAAGAAGAAAAAGAAGCGCAGGAUUUGGAAGCAAUGGUGCAGCACGUGGAACAGAAUCUCCAGCUGAUGACUAAACGGGCUGUUAAGGCAGAGAACAGCGCGGCGAAGCUGAAGCAGGAAAACGCGCUGCUUCAGGUUCAGCUGAAGAACUACAAGAUGGAGAACGAAGCCUUGAGGUCGGGCCAGUCGGCGAGCCUGGCCGUGGUGAAACAGAACGCAGACCUCGCCCUGCAGAACCUCCUCACGGUGAUCACAAACUCCCGCUCUUCGAUCAAGCAGCUGGUCUCUGGAGCAGAGUCGCUGCAGCUCGUCGCCGAUCUCCUGAAAUCGAUAGACAGAAUUUCUGAAAUGUCAGAGGAUGGACAGUGACUUGGACAAAACGGA